GAGGAAGGAGGUGAGGAAACCGAGGCUCAGAGAGGGGAAGUGACUGGCCCAAGGGCACACAGCUGGGCAGUGAAGCCCCACACUGGCUGGACAUCAGAGCCACCUGGCGAGCACAUUGGAAAAUACCCAUUAACAGGCCCAUCCCAAACCUACAGAAUCAGAAUCUCCAUGUGUGGGGCCGGGGAAGAUUCUGAUUCAAGUGGUCCUCGUCUGUAUUUGCCAGCUAUUCAUCCUUUUCACUCCUUGCCACCAAACCUUCCAUGGCUCCCCACUGCUUAUGGAAUAAAGUCUGGAAUCCUCAGCCUGGUGUUCAGGGCCCUCCCACCAAGUUCAUUUUCCCCUGCUGCACUUUACCACCCAAGUCAUCACUCUCUGAUCUCACCAAACCCUUCCAGCCUCAGGACCUUUGCUCAGGGUGAGCCCUCCCUACAGAAAGUCUUCUGCAGAAGAGGCUGGAGUCAGACAGACCUGAGUUCAAAUCUAGACUUUUCCCAUUGACUAGCCUGGGACCUCAGGCAAGUCAUUUUAUCUCCCUGAGCCUCAGUUUUCCUCAUUCGUAAAAUGAGAAGAAAGAUACUUGCCUGGCAGGACGCUGCACACGUUUCAUUAGGUAAUUAAUAAUGUGAAACACCAGGAACACGGGAGGCUCCGGUACAUGGCAGCGAUCAAGGUUAUGACUCACUCCAUCUUUGCCUUCCACAAUCAUUCCUUCUGGACAAGAGCUGGAAAGGAAGCUACAAUGGGUGUCUGGCAAGUGGGGACAAGGGCCGCCGCCGAAGCCGCCUGGCACUGAGCCGCCGGCCACACGCCAACGGAGUGAAGCCGGACGUCAUGCACCACAUCUCCACACCGCUUGUGUCCAAGGCACUGAGCAACCGUGGCCAGCACAGCAUCUCGUACACACUGUCCCGGAGCCACUCGGUCAUAGUCGAGUACACACAUGACAGUGACACAGACAUGUUCCAGAUUGGCCGCUCCACGGAGAACAUGAUCGACUUUGUGGUAACAGACACGCCCCCUGGAGGAGGGGCUGCCGAGGGCCCCUCUGCCCAGAGCACCAUCUCCCGCUAUGCCUGCCGCAUCCUUUGUGACCGCCGGCCGCCCUAUACCUCCCGCAUCUAUGCCGCUGGCUUCGAUGCCUCCAGCAACAUCUUCCUUGGAGAGCGGGCAGCCAAAUGGCGGACCCCUGACGGCCUGAUGGACGGCUUAACCACCAACGGGGUCCUGGUGAUGCACCCAGCAGGCGGCUUCUCUGAGGACUCGGCCCCGGGUGUCUGGCGGGAGAUCUCGGUCUGUGGGAAUGUAUAUACUCUGAGGGACAGCCGCUCGGCACAGCAGCGGGGGAAGCUGGUGGAAAACGAGUCCAACGUGCUGCAGGACGGCUCCCUCAUUGACCUGUGUGGAGCCACGCUGCUGUGGCGCACGCCGGCGGGGCUGCUGCGGGCGCCCACGCUGAAGCAGCUGGAGGCCCAGAGGCAGGAGGCGAAUGCGGCGCGGCCCCAGUGUCCCGUGGGCCUCAGCACCCUCGCCUUCCCCAGCCCGGCCCGUGGCCGCACGGCACCCGACAAGCAGCAGCCCUGGGUCUACGUCCGCUGUGGCCACGUCCACGGCUACCACGGCUGGGGCUGCCGGCGUGAGCGGGGCCCCCAGGAGCGCGAGUGCCCUCUCUGCCGCCUCGUGGGGCCCUACGUGCCCCUGUGGCUCGGCCAGGAGGCCGGCCUCUGCCUGGACCCCGGGCCGCCCAGCCACGCCUUCGCACCCUGUGGCCACGUCUGCUCUGAGAAGACUGCCCGCUACUGGGCUCAGACGCCACUGCCCCAUGGCACCCACGCUUUCCACGCUGCUUGUCCCUUUUGCGGGGCCUGGCUCACUGGCGAGCAUGGCUGUGUCCGCCUCAUUUUCCAGGGGCCGCUGGACUAGGCUCCCUGGGGGCCCCCUGCUGCCGCGCCCGCCUGCCCACCCAGGUCCCCCACCUCCUGCAGCCCAGAGGGAGCUCUGCAUGUGGGACUCUACCUGCUGGCACAUCGCCACACCAGAUGGACACGUUGGAUGGGUGGUGCCCUUUCCCUCUUAACUCUGGCUCCAAAGGGGGGGUCUCUGGGACCCCUACCUUGGUCAGAAUGAUGGGGCCUCAGCACCAGCUCUGUCCCAGGCUGAUGGAGGGAGGCUCAACCCUACGCCCUGGCCCUUCCUGGGGCAUCCCACAUCAUGCCGCCUACACUGUGCCCCUGGGGGAAUGAAGGGGCCAUGGGCCCCUGACCCCCAGCUUAGGCUGGCUGUGCCCUGAGCCUGCCAACCCAGUUCCAGAUAAUCACCCUGCUGCUGCCCUGGGUUCCUCUAUAAACCUUGCUGCUCAGCUGCCCUCACAAA